UGUACCAAUUGUUCUCUUCCUUCUUAUUUUAGCUCUCAAAAUGAUGUCACGCGGUAAGCACAAGCGCUGGAUGAUGGCGAUGGGAUCCCGGUGCGGACUGCCACUCCCCCUGGUGCUGCUCAUCGUAACUUCCUUCCUCAUUUACAUCGUCCAGCUGCCGUACAUGAUGCACAGCUCGCGCAGCACGAGACAGUUGCUGAGCAUAGAACUACGCAACGUGCGCGCGCGCCGCUCAGCGCGAUGGAUCGGCGCUAUUCCCGUCAGCAUACGAAACACCUCAUACGAUACACCAAAAAUGGCGCUGUCGUCACCGGCGAAUUCCUCCAGCGGCGCAGCGCCAUCGAAAAUGCAGACGAGUCCAGUGAAGAUAACGUCGCUGUACGCGAACGUCGCCCGUCGCCAGGGAGCGUCGCAGUCGUCGACGCGAGCGCCACCGUCGCAAGACGCCGGCGACGGGUUUAGUAUCGAUGGGCACACCUACCCAUUCAUACUGACUGCCGAGCACGCGUGCGGCGGCGGCGCCACCGGCGCCCGGCUGGAGUUCGUCACUAUGAUCAUCUCAGGUUCGGCGAAUUUCCUCGACAGGAAGACGGUGCGGGAGACGUGGGCGAAGCCGCGCGACAACGGCCGCUUCCUGUUCCUGCUCGGCCGACCAAAAGACGAAAAGACGCAGGCAAGGAUCGUCGAAGAGAGCGCCGCGCACGGCGACCUCGUGCAGGCGGACUUCGGCGACACGUACCGCAACCUGACGCUGAAGACGGUCAUGGGUCUACGCUGGGCGUCGCGCUACUGCGGCAACGCGCGCUACCUGUUCAAGACGGACGACGACACGUUUGCGCACAUGAACAACAUCCUCCGCUACCUGCGGAAGAUCGGCACCAGGUCCCGCUACGUGUCGUGCCGCGCCAACGACGACCACCGGCCCGAGCGAGACGUCGAGUCGAAGUGGUACGUACCGGAGAGCUUGUUCAACGAGACCUUCUACCCCGUCUACUGCUCGGGCGCUGGCUACAUCCUGUCGAUGGACGUCGUGAGCGCCCUCUACGAGGCGGCAACGCGCACGCCCUCUAUACCCGUCGAGGACGCGUACGUGACGGGCAUCUUGACGCGCGCCAUCGGCGUCGUGCCGCGUAUGAACCUGGCGUUUGGCUACGAGAAAGAAGUGGACGGCAUCAAUGUCCCCAGUCUACGGCAGGCGUUUCAGUGGAUCUUCACGUACACGGGGCAUGCGUCGGACGGUGUCGUAAGAUUCCAGCACACGAUGCUGAACCUGAUGAACUUCCGCCAACACGGCGGUAGUGGUGGCAUAUCGCUUAUGCCAUUUCGCAAGCUGUGAUGACUUUCAACAGUAUGAUAUAUAUUUUAUACACAUAUAUGUAUAUUAUAUAUUA